GGAAGCGGCUCCAAACAGGAAGAAAACAGCCAGCUGUUAACGAAGCAGGUCCUAGCGUAGCAGGCUGUGUUGCUCUGGGACAGUAAUGACACAGCGUUGAGAGUCGGGAAUAAAGUAGUAGGUUAUCAUGCUGUGUCCGGAGUAGCGACACUAUCCGGUGAAACACAGGGAGUUUAAUUCUUCAACUUUCCUCCGGACCGAUUGUUGAAACAAGGUGUGAAUGAGUGACGUGGUGCCUCCCACAGCUCUCACUGAAGUCCAGCUCCGCUUCCUCUGCCACGAUGACAUAGAGAACGUCAAGCACCUCUGUGCUGAUUGGUUCCCAAUUGAGUACCCAGACUCAUGGUAUCAAGAUAUCACCUCCAACAAGAAGUUCUUCUCCCUCGCUGCCACCUUCAGAGGGGGCAUCGUGGGAAUGAUUGUGGCCGAGAUCAAAGGCCGAACCAAAGUACACAAAGAGGAUGGAGACAUCCUGGCCUCCAGUUUUCCUGUCGACACACAGGUAGCCUACAUCCUCAGCCUGGGAGUAGUCAAGGAGUUCAGGAAACAUGGCAUAGGCUCCCUACUGCUGGACAGUCUGAAGGAGCACAUCUCUACGACGGCCCAGGACCACUGUAAGGCGAUCUACCUGCACGUCCUCACCACCAACAACACUGCCAUCCAGUUCUAUGAGAACAGGGACUUCAGGCAGCACCACUACCUGCCCUACUACUACUCCAUACGUGGUGUCCUCAAAGAUGGCUUCACAUACGUACUCUACAUUAACGGGGGUCAUCCACCCUGGACAAUAUUUGACUACAUCCAGCACAUCGGCUCCACUCUGGCCAGCCUGAGCCCCUGUUCGCUCCCCCAGAGGCUGUACCGCCAGGCCCAGUCCCUGCUACGGUCUCUGCUCCCCUGGUCCAACAUCGCCUCCAAGACCGGCAUACAGUACAGCAGAACCAUGUGACGCAGCAAACCACUCGGAUCCGUGUCUUCCCUCCCUGAUCGGACCAAGAUGUCCACUCACAUCAUUCUCAAUCUCCUCUGGCAUCCCCUCAGGUUCACUUUCCAGACUUUUCCCCCCUCCGUUCAGUACCCUUUUUGCACUAAUAGCACAGGAUUCAUGUUCGCAGCUCCAGAUAAAGAUAAACAGGGUUGUUGCUCUGCAGCAUCAUCAGCACUGCACCUGCUUUAUGGUCCUUUACAUCCUUUACUUCCACAUGUUCAACACUAUCCCUCGUUUGCCCCGUCAUCCCACAAUCGAGCCAAUAUGAUGACCCACAAACACAUGAAGGCAAGCACAGGUUGCAGUUUUGGUGUGAACGGGUGACGCACACACCGGAAACCCGUGCAGAGACUUACCUUUUAACCCUACCUUUCUUCUCCUGCCUCCAUCCCGUCAACCACCGCUGUCACAGACGAUGUAUACUAUUUGUAUAUUAUAUAUACUAAGAUAAUAUGUGAAUUUAUCUCAAUGUGUGUGUCUAUUCUAUGCUGUUAGUAGGUCUGUUUGGAAGAUAACCUGAUCUUUUGUCCCCAUUUCUUUUUAAAUUAUAGACUAAAUCCAUAGUCAGCUCCAGCUUGUAAGAUAAACACCAGUUAAAGUCAAAUGUAAUUGGCCUGUUAUGACUUUAUAGGUAGAUUAGAAUACAUUGAAUUAUACACAGGAAAUAUUAAAAAACAUUUUCUUUGUGAA